ACUUUAAUCCAUAUAGGUAGAAAUGUCGGAUGGUAAGAAAAAAGACAAACCGCGUGGUGGCAAGGAUAAUCCCGAUAGACUUCCUAUAGACGGAGAAAAUCGACCUCUCUUUUUUUUUAUGUUUAUUCUUGCUUUAACUUUAGCCGUCUGCUUUUACGAUCCUAAAUGGACUAAUACCUUAUUUGGCAGCAAGAGAAUUGACAAAACUUGGUGGAAAAGGUCUAUCGUUUAUCAAAUAUAUCCCCGUUCUUUCCAAGAUUCCGAUGGUGAUGGAAUUGGAGAUUUAAAAGGAAUCGAAAGCCGUUUAGAACACUUUAAAUGGCUGAAAAUAGGAGCUUUAUGGCUGAGUCCCGUGUACAAGUCACCUAUGGUCGAUUUUGGAUACGAUAUAUCCGAUUUUAAAGCAAUUGAUCCGAUAUUUGGUUCAAUGGAUGAUUUUGAGAAUCUUAUUCGAGCGGCCCAUAAAAAAGAAAUAAAAAUAAUAAUGGACUUUGUUCCCAAUCAUUCGAGUGAUCAGCACGAAUGGUUCCAACUAAGCCGAAAAGGCGAUAUAAAAUAUAAAGAUUAUUACAUCUGGAGGAAGGGAAAGCAAAUGGCUAAUGGCACUAGAAUUCCUCCAAACAACUGGGUUAGUGUAUUUGGAGGUCCUAUGUGGACUUGGGAUGAAAGCAGACAGGCAUUUUACCUUCAUCAAUUUACAAAAGAGCAACCUGAUUUAAAUUUUAGGAAUCCGGAAGUUCAGAAGGAAAUGAUAGAUAUUUUAAAGUUUUGGUUAGGAAAAGGAGUUGAUGGUUUUAGAAUAGAUGCCAUUAGUCAUUUAUUUGAAGAUAAAGCUUUUAAAAAUGAACCUCUAAGUGGUCUACCCAAUACAACACCCGAUCAGGCUGAGCAUUAUAAUCAUGUCUACACAAUGGAUCAACCCGAAACAAUUGAAGUUAUUAGAUCAUGGAGAAAAUAUUUCACAGAAUAUGAAAGAAAAUCUAACAAAUAUAUAUUUAUGGUUACGGAAUCUUUCUCAAAUCCAUCGAUGUAUUACGAAGGAGAAACCGAUUUCCCUUUCAAUUUUAAUUUACUACAGAUGAAUAAGACUUGCGGCGUUAAAUGCAUUAGAGUUUUGAUUAAUAGUUGGUUGCAGGAACUACCCAAGGGACGGUGGCCCAAUUGGGUGUUAGGAAAUCACGAUAGAAUGAGACUUGGAAAUAGAAUGGGCGAAGACUUUAUAGGCGCAUUCAACAUGUUACUUUUAACUUUACCAGGUACUCCGUUUACUUACUACGGAGAAGAAAUUGGUAUGGUUGGUCCCAAAAUUUCAUUUGAAGAUACAGUAGAUCCUUAUGGAGUUAAUUUCGGACCCAAAAGAUAUGAAGAAUUCUCUAGAGAUCCUAGUAGAACACCUAUGCAAUGGUCUGAUUCUCGAAAUGCAGGCUUUACAAUGGCCAAAAAGCCUUGGCUUCCGGUUCAUAGUAAUUAUAAAACACUUAACGUUGAGAAUCAAAAAAAUAGCGAUCAUGAUGAUAACACCUUGAGAUUAUAUAGGAGAUUAUCAUGGUUAAGGCAGGAAAAAUCCUUCCAAAUGGGAAAUUUCGAUUGGGCCAUUAUUACAGACAAUAUUUUAUCUUAUAUCCGAUGGUUUAAUGGUUCACCAGCAUAUAUCGUAGCAUUUAAUUUUGGUACGAAAGCUGAAACGGUUGACUUUACAAAAUAUUCCGGAAAUUUUCCACCACCUGGUCAUUUUGUUCCCGAUGAUGGUUUCGUUCUCUUCUCUACUCAUCCAAAAGAGAUACCUGGCAGUACAAUUAGUCGAUUAGAUAAGAUAAAAAUGUCCCCUUCGCAGGGGGUUGUAAUUAGAAUUUGGCCAAAAAAGUAA